ACCCCCCCUCCUCAAUCCCCCUCCCCUCCAUCCCUAAGCUGCACAGCUCCUUACAACCCCAGUGAGCCUGUCUGACACAGAAGGCAAGACAGCAUGUGUGUGUGUGUUUGUGAGAAAAAGAGAGAGACACAGAGGCAGCUGAUGGGAUUGUGAAGCAGCAAAGGCAAUCAGAAAGAGAGGGAGAGCACGUCAGCAAACAAAAGGCAAGAGAGGCAGAGCAGGAGGAGAGGAAGAAGAAGAAGAAGGGAACUCGAAAGGGGGUAAAGGGUGAUGAGAAUCUACUGUGGUUGAUAGUUCAGGUGCCACCAAAGUCCAGGGAUGCGGUGACUAGAUGACCAGCCGCUGCACACACACCAGCAUCCUGUCCUGGAGCCUCGACAGGACGGACGAGAAGAAUCCACUCUCACUUUAGGGCAAGAACACUCUCCUCAACCCAGUCCCACAUCCACUGGAUCAUCAUGUCGUCCACUGGCUCAACCAACCACAACAAACGACUGGCAUCGGAGACAGGCAACUCUCAGAGGGCAUUAGACAACGAUUCUGCCCAGCACCUGAAGAUGAAGGAGAGACAGCGCUUCUUUGAAGAUGUCUACCAGCACGACAUUGACAACUACUUGCCCUCGUCUCACUUGCAGAUUGAUUCCAGGAAACCACCUAUGGGCAGUAUUUCAUCUAUGGAAGUGAAUGUGGACGUCCUGGAGCAGAUGGACCUGAUGGACAUAUCUGACCAGGAGGCUCUCGAUGUGUUUCUCAACUCAAGCUCUGGAGCAGAUGAAGGAGCUUUGGCAUCACCACUACCAGGAUGUUACAACGAAGAUGACGAGGAUGAAGACGCAGAGGUUGUGUACAGGGAGCGCGCUCCCUUGACGCGGCAAAAUGAAGUUUGCCACGGCUCGAAGUCGCGCAUGUCCUCCACGUCAUCCGGCUCCAGUGAUACCAGCGGGGCCGGUGUCGACACACCCGUGAUCCAGUCCGACGACGAAGAAGUCCACGCUGACACUCUGCUGCUGACCUCUGUUCCCCAAACCAGGGAUGAAGAAACAGAGGAGGAGGACGAGGAGGAAAGAAAAUCCCCAUAAAUCCUCCCUUUCUGUAUACAGUGAAUGCUCACUUAAUUUACUGUCUCUCUUUACAUGUGGUAAACUUGGCAUGGUUGACUUGGCUACCAAGGGUUGUCUUAUUAUCGUCAUCAUUUCUUUUCCUUUUUUAAGUCAAUUAACAGUUUUACAGCAGUUACAACACGUUCUGGUUGAGAUGAUUGACAGUUGACAGUUUCCUCCUGCCAAGUUUGUGGCAUGAAACAAAGCACUACUGCCGAGCAGCCACAUGAAGACUUACCGGGUAAAAGAGCAAAAACUGAUGGAAGUUUAACCAUAUUCAUUGAACAGAAUACAGAUGUGCACAAAGAAAAGGAGAUAAAAUAGUUUAAAUAGUUGCAUUUAGGAUUCACUGGCAUUUAGAUUAAAAUAUGGAGCAACCCCCUUUAUCAGGGCCUUCAAACCUACUUAUGAAAGAAACAUGUGCUCUGUGAACUGGUUCACAUGGAACAGGUGGUGUCUUUUUGGUGAGCAUUACAAACAAACAAUCAUUCCAGACUUCAGUUAUGGCCACUGUUGCCAGGACAGUUUAAAUGGCAAAGUGCAAAAGAAAUUCCACACAUUCAUCAUGUGAUGACAGGGGAUCAACGUGAAUGAGGCACAGCGUGCGACACUCUCUUCUCAUUAACCCAUUUCUGCGUGCAUGUGCCAUUUGAGCUGUGGUCAGUAAAUGCACGGCAUUUUGUUCUUGAGUACUUUGUAUGUUUUCAAUUCUGUAAGUAGAGAGUGUUGCAUUGAUGGACUACUGCGUAGUAGUGAAGCCUGUUCCUCUCAUUCAUGUGAGAUGCAGUCUGUGAGUUGUUUACAAUGGAGUGAGUGAUUUCCUCUGAGUGUACAUUUGAUGUCAGUUUGAAUGGGUGUGUCCUUAUAUGGGUGUGUGUGGUUGUGGAUCGCCAACAAGACAAAACAUUGUUUUCACAGUGUUAUACAUGUUGUGUAUUUCUUCUCCAUUUGGACAUCUUGUUGUGGACUGAAUGAUAAUAAACCUGUUGAAAUUA